CUGUCACGUGAGAGGAGAGAUCUCUCCAAGUGAAUUAUUGUGAGAGCUCUGUCCUAUCCUUGAGAGCCAUGACUCAACUUCAUGCAAAGUUGUUCUUGUUCACGACAAAAAAAAUCGGUGCACAUCGGAGCCUCAACGGAACUUUAAGCGACUUUGUUGCCUACCGGCGCGGAAACAAUGUCAAUAAAGCCGAAGUCACUCGUCAUCAAGUAGUUCGCCUUCGAACCCAAUUGAAUUUCACGCGCUCGAAUGAAAAAUGCUGUCACAGAUUGAAUUCCAAGACCUGUGUCGCUUGCUCUCCCACAACUUUGCACGUCUUUUGAACCUUGAUCGUACGCAGAUGCUCGGAAAUUUCCUCGAAACAUUCUCUCGAACUCGAUAUCAUCACCAAUUUCUUCUCGAUAUGCCUCACGCCUCUACCGGUACGCAGCAUUCUUGCCCAGGCGCAUCUGGACCUGUCACGCUCAAGAAUGGCAACGUGAUACCAGCAGGGAAUUGCAGUUGGAAAGUGGCAGAGAGCAAGUACAGGUGGUGCACCAGACAUGAGAACCUGUGCAAGCCACACGAUUGGACAUAUUCCAAAAAGGACGAAUGCAAGCACUGCCAGAAAGCAAAGGCGGCAGCGAAGGAGGAAGCAGAGAGGAAGAAGGAUGAGAAGAGGAAGAGGAAGCGCGACGGGGAUGAUGAUGCCAAGAAGACGCCGAGGCGGAAAGGUAGUAGUGAAGGACAUGAGACGCCAGCGAAGAAGUCUAGUACGCCGUCCACGCGAAAGACCCGAUCGAACACGAAGAAGGAGGCUGAGAAGGAUAAGAAGGGGGGAGAAGCAAGGAGGCAAAUGGGAGCAGCAUUGGCACUUAUGGUUGGCUGACAGGAAGAUAAGAUCAUCGAGUUGGACAGGCGUAACGAAAAGUCAACGGAAAGUCCAGAUCAGAAGACUUCGUGCUCGGAGGAUCAUGCCGAUUAUACACACCGGCGCAUCUCCCAGGGGUAUGCUGAUAUUCUGACGGCCACCAAGCCAUUUCUCUACACCCUGCCGGAGCCGAUACCAGCAUAGUCACACCCGCGAACGAUAACAUCAGGCCUCAAGAUGGACGAGAUUGAUGGCCAGUAGAUCUGAUUUCAGAUGUCCUCGGUUUCUCAGCUG